UUUCGUUCUUUCCUGCAGGGGGCACCAUUGUCCCGUUGUUACCGCCCCACCGCAGAAGAAGUGGCCCAAGUCGCUGCAUACCUGUGAUGAUGGCGGCUCCCUUGAGAGGAAGCUUAAUAACGUUGUUCAAGGGCCUGGCUGGUACCCGGUGGACGCAGCUGGCCUCUCGACCGCUGAGUGUGUCUGCUGGUCUCUGUAGUCCAGAAGCCCCACCAGCCCGUGCUGAUGCUACCUUUAAGGUCACAAUGGUACCAGGGGAUGGAGUGGGGCCUGAACUCAUGACUGCUGUAAAGGAAGUCUUUAAGGCAGGUGAUAUCCCUGUGGAAUUUGAGGAGUUCCACCUGAGUGAAGUGCAGAACAUGGCCAGCGAGGAAAAACUGGAACAGGUGUUGACUUCUAUGAAGAACAACAAAGUUGCCAUUAAAGGAAAGAUUCACACACCCAUGGAAUUCAAAGGGGAGCUUGCUUCAUAUGAGAUGAGACUAAGGCGUAAACUGGACCUGUUUGCUAAUGUAGUCCAUGUAAACAGCCUGCCUGGCUACAACACACGCCACAACAACCUGGACCUAGUCAUCAUCCGCGAGCAGACUGAGGGGGAGUACAGCUCCCUGGAGCAUGAGAGUGUAACAGGUGUGAUUGAAUGUCUGAAGAUCAUCACCAGAGAGAAGUCACGCCGCAUCGCCAAGUUCGCCUUUGACUAUGCUACCAAAAAAGGGCGAAACAAGGUCACUGCUGUUCACAAAGCUAACAUCAUGAAAUUAGGUGAUGGCCUGUUUCUGCAGAGCUGUGCAGAGGUGGCACAGCUAUACCCCAAAAUAAAAUAUGAGAACAUCAUCAUUGAUAACUGCUGUAUGCAACUGGUUCAAAACCCAUACCAGUUUGACGUGCUGGUGAUGCCCAACCUGUAUGGUAACAUUAUUGACAACCUGGCAGCAGGGCUGGUUGGAGGAGCAGGAGUUGUUCCUGGGGAAAGCUACAGCGCAGAGUAUGCUGUUUUUGAGACUGGUGCACGCCACCCCUUUGCACAAGCUGUUGGAAGGAACAUUGCAAACCCCACAGCCAUGCUGCUCAGUGCUGCUAACAUGCUCAGGCACCUCAACCUGGAAUACCAUUCCCAAAUGGUGUCAGAUGCUGUCAAGAGGGUCAUCAAACAGGGCAAGGUGCGCACUGCGGAUCUGGGGGGCUACGCAACAAGCGACGAGUUCACCCGUGCUGUCACUGCUAACCUGUCGGUCUGAGCUUCGCAUUUGCAAAUCUGUCAGCUGCUGAAUCGCACACGUUUUUAAUUAACCUCGUCUUACACGCUGUACACACAGUGCAGUGUUUUCUAGCUCCAUUCUACACACAGUGCCCUUCUUAAGAAAAGGAAGAUGCAAGCGAAACAUAUUGCUACAGUGUCCACAAACUUUGGUUAGAAGUUGUGAUUUAAACAAGUAAUUUUGCAUUCAGUGCAAAAAAAAAAAAAAAAAAGGGGUUGAGCAUGUGAAUGUGUUUUUUUUUUUAAUUAGUUCAAAACAUAUAAUGCUGUUACACUAUUACACACCAGCUUCUGACAUUCCACUGCCUUGAAAGACACUCUAAUUUGUAUUUAAUUAUUUUAUGUGUGGACAUUAACCAGAAGUCAAAACACGAUGUAUGUAUAUUUCAAUAUUAUUUAACCCUGAGUUUUAACUUAAUGCUUCUUCAUUUAUGAUAUAUGAAUAAUAAAUAAUAAAUGGGAUAUGCCCUCUUGCUUGCAAAAUCCUUGAA